AUGUCGGCCUCCCAGCAGCAGGGAAGUGUCGAGGUGGGCGACCUCAAUUUGGCCCAGCUCGCCGAUGUGCGACGCCAGCUCGAGGCCGAGCUGCAGCACCUCACCGCAUCGUACGGCCAGCUCAAGGCAGCUCAGCACCGGUUCCGGACGUGCAUCGAGGCCGUUGACUCCAUCGAUCCCUCCAACGAGGACAAGGAGACGCUCGUCCCGCUCACAUCGAGCCUGUACGUGCCUGGCAAGCUCAGCGAUCUGAACAAGGUCAUUGUCGAUGUCGGCACGGGCUACUACGUCGAAAAGUCAACAGAGGACGCAAAGCAAAUGUACCGGGAAAAGGUAGAAUUUGUGGGAAAGAAGCUGGAUCAGCUCCAGGAGACGAUUUUGAGAAAGGAGGACAAUAUGCGUGUUGUUCGAGACGUGUCGAUGGUGAAAGUGGCCGAGCAACAGCAGCAGCAACAGCAACAACAACCAAAGGCUUGA